UGCCCACUUCCGGCUUGCGCCCUAAUCAGUGAUAACAGGUUUUCGGCUGAAGAAAUCGCAAGUUCUCAAGUUGGGACACCGAGGAACGGGCGCGCGAAAGAACUGUUUGACAAGCAGGGAUGUGAAGCUCCAAUGAUUCAAAACAGUAUAACACUACGGAUUGGUCUCACUGUCCCCAGUACAGCCUUCACAAUGUGGACCUGCCCACCGCGUGAUCUGCACGCACUACUUGCCUGUUCUCCGGGGCAGACACACAACUGA